AUGAGUGCUCAGGAAGCGGGUGGAUUUAUUCGUAAGAGAAGGACUAGAUCCAGUGCGAAAAGAGUCAAUUACAACGAGGAUAGUGAUAAUGAAACUCAACCAAAAGACGAAUCAACUGAAGUAGAUGAAACCUUUAAUGACAAAAAGAAUAGAAGUGACGAUACCGACGACUAUUACUCUGCAAGCGAAUCAACUAUGGGUGUCAAAGAAGAAUCUAUUGAAGUAAAAGGUGAAGACUCCGAAGAUAACCUCGAAUUCAUCAAUAUUCCAUCUCAAGAUGAUGAAGGACAAGAUGAUGAUGAUGAUGAUGAUGAACCACUAAGUAAAAAAAGAAAGACAAAGACAAAGGCUAAACGGAAACCUGCUAAGAAAAGUAAAAAGAGAAAAGCACCAAAGACAACCCCUUAUGAGAGAAAUACUAUGCGGCUAUUCGAAAAUCACCCGGAGUUGAUAAACGUGUUUCCAGAUUUAAAGAAUGCACCACCUUAUGUACCACAGAGGUCACCACAACCAGGUGGUUUAUCGAUUAAAUUGUUACCGUUUCAACUGGAAGGUCUUCAUUGGUUAUUAGAACAAGAAAACGGGAAAUAUGGAGGUGGUGUUCUUGCUGAUGAAAUGGGUAUGGGUAAGACUAUACAAACCAUAGCACUAUUGAUGAACGAUUUAACCAAAAGACCAUCUUUAGUAGUAGCGCCUACAGUAGCUCUAAUGCAAUGGAAGAAUGAAAUAGAUCAACAUACGAAUGGGAAAUUAAAAAUUUAUACUUAUCAUGGUGCUUCAAAAACGGUUAAUAUUGCAGAUCUAGCACCAUAUGAUGUUAUUUUAACAACAUAUUCUGUUUUAGAAUCAAUUUAUAGAAAACAGACUUAUGGUUUCAAGAGGAAAUCAGGAUUAGUAAAGGAACCUUCAGCAUUACACAAUAUGAAUUUUUACAGAGUGAUUCUUGAUGAAGCUCAUAACAUUAAGGAUAGACAAAGUAACACAGCAAAAGCUGUUAACAAUUUGAAAACUCAAAAGAGAUGGUGCCUGAGUGGUACUCCAUUACAAAACAGAAUUGGUGAAAUGUAUUCUCUUAUUAGAUUUUUGGACAUAGAACCUUUUUCUAAAUAUUUCUGUACGAAAUGUGAUUGUGCUUCUAAGGAAUGGCAUUUCUCAGAUUUUAUGCAUUGUGAUUCUUGUAAUCAUGUUGUUAUGCAGCAUACAAAUUUCUUUAACCAUUUUAUGUUAAAGAACAUCCAAAAAUUUGGUGUAGAGGGACCAGGUCUCGAAUCCUUCAAUAACAUUCAAACAUUAUUGAAAAAUAUCAUGCUAAGAAGAACUAAAGUCGAGAGAGCUGAUGAUUUAGGUUUACCUCCAAGAAUUGUAACUAUCAGGAGAGAUUAUUUUAAUGAAGAAGAAAAAGAUUUGUACAGAAGUUUGUACACAGACGUUACUAGAAAAUAUAAUUCUUAUGUCGAGGAAGGUGUGGUUUUAAACAAUUAUGCUAAUAUUUUUUCUCUGAUUACUAGAAUGAGGCAAUUAGCAGAUCAUCCAGAUUUAGUUCUGAAGCGUAUGACAAAUAAAUCGGCGUCAAUAGAAGGUGUUGUUGUGUGUCAGUUAUGUGAUGAUGAAGCAGAAGAACCUAUAGAAUCCAAAUGCCAUCAUAAAUUCUGUAGGCUCUGUAUCAAAGAAUAUGUGGAAUCAUAUUUAGAAAGUGAAAAAAAUUUAACUUGUCCCGUUUGUCAUAUUGGUCUAAGUAUCGAUUUAUCACAACCUGCACUAGAAGUCGAUAUGGAUCAAUUUAAAAAACAAAGCAUUGUUAGUAGAUUGAACCUAAAGGGAACUUGGAGAUCAUCAACUAAGAUUGAAGCUCUGGUGGAGGAAUUGUACAAGUUAAGAAGUCCCGUUAGAACGAUUAAGUCUAUUGUUUUCUCUCAAUUCACAAGUAUGUUGGAUUUAGUCGAAUGGAGGUUAAAAAGAGCAGGAUUCAAGACUGUUAAAUUGCAAGGUAGUAUGUCGCCUACGCAAAGAGAUCAAACAAUCAAAUAUUUUAUGAACAAUAUCGAAUGUGAGGUAUUUUUGGUAAGUUUAAAAGCAGGUGGUGUCGCAUUGAACUUAUGUGAAGCAUCUCAUGUAUUUUUAUUAGAUCCUUGGUGGAACCCUAGUGUUGAGUGGCAAAGUGGUGAUAGAGUACACAGAAUAGGACAAUUUAGACCGGUUAAGAUAACCAGAUUCUGUAUAGAGGAUAGUAUUGAGGCAAGAAUCAUUGAAUUACAAGAAAAAAAAGCGAAUAUGAUUAAUGCAACUAUAAACCAGGAUCAAGCCGCCAUUAGUAGACUUACACCAGCAGAUUUACAAUUUUUAUUUAACAAUUAA